GUUAGUGUUGACUGACGGAGGGCUGCUCCGUGCUAAUGUUAAUGCGAUAGUGAGUGAGCCGGGACCCAGAGAGGGGGUGAGCGAGGGGGGCUGCGGCUCUGCACUUGUCCAGCGGCGGUGGGGCACGUCCCUGCAUUUGUCCAGCGGCGGGCACGUCCCCCAGCCCCGCACCUUGGCGCCUCCUGCCCUGACACGGCGGAAGACGGCUCAGCUGGCGGGCUCGGAGGAUGCGAAUGGUUUUACUCGGAGGGAGGUGGGGAGAGACGUCCUGCGCCGCACAACACGAGCCGGAGACCAGGCGCUCGCACCGGCCCGGGCUGAUGUGAAGCAAAUCCCAGCUAAGCCCACAGGAGUGAAGGAGAGCGGCUGCCCCGAGUCCCCGCCACUGGCAGCAGGGGUCCCGGGCGCAGGGUGGCCGACUCUGGGACACCAUGCCCCGCUAACCAUGGCCGAGGGACAGACGGACACAACUGGAGCCGGGUUGUCCGAUCCUCGGGCACCCGCCGAUCCCACCCCGGACACCAGCGGCUUCUCAGCGGACCCUCAGCCCGUGUGGAACGGGAGCCGCCCGGAGCUGGGCGAAGGUGCAGCCGGCAAACCCAGCUCGCCACCGCCACCGCCACCGCUCAGCAGCAUUAUCAAGGAUGGAUCACGACAAAGGCGAGACAGGAAGAAGACGGUCUCUUUCAGCAGCAUGCCCAGCGACCGCAAAAUUAGCAGCACGGCAGCCUGCAUCUCCUUCAUGCUGGAGGGAUGCGAGAUGAAGAAGGUUCGUUCCAACUCCAGAGUGUACAACCGCUAUUUUAUCCUUGAUUCUGACAUGAGGUCACUGAGAUGGGAGCCCUCGAAAAAGGACUCUGACAAAGCAAAAAUUGACAUAAAGUCCAUCAAAGAGGUGAGGUUGGGAAAAAAGACUCCCAUGCUCCGCAACAAUGGGGUUUCAGACCAAUUUUCCAACGAAUGCGCUUUCUCAAUUAUUUACGGAGAGAACUAUGAAUCAUUGGAUUUGGUGGCUAGCUCUGCGGAUAUUGUGAACACUUGGGUUAUGGGACUGAGGUACCUGGUUUCAUACGGAAAGGAUACACUUCCCGUGAUCGAGUCGAGCCAGAACAGCUUGCGGUUGUCCUGGUUGGAAUCGAUGUUCCACGCAGCGGAUGUUGGUACUCAUGGCCACAUCCCACUGACCCGGGCCGUCCAACUUAUCAAAGGGUUGAGUCCUGGAAUGAAGACGACAAAAGUCGAGCUGAAAUUUAAAGAACUGCAGAAGGCAAAGGACAAACUGGGAACGGAGGUCACCCUGGAGAUCUUCACCGAGGCUUACUGUGAACUCUGCACACGGUCCGAGAUAUAUUUCCUGCUCGUGCAGUUCUCCAGUAAUAAAGAAUUCCUUGACUGCAAGGACCUUAUGCUGUUUCUGGAUGCAGAGCAAGGGAUGGAGGGGCUGACGGAAGAGAUGUGUUUGGAAACCAUUCGCAAGUAUGAGCCGUCGCAAGAAGGCCAGGAGAAAGGUUUCCUUUCGAUAGACGGCUUUACCAACUACCUUCUAUCCCUCGAGUGCCAUCUCUUCGAUCUGCAACAUGAAAACGUGUGUCAGGACAUGACACAGCCUCUGUCUCAUUACUACAUUAAUUCAUCCCAUAACGCUUGUCUGCUGGAGGACCAUUUCUGGGGUUCCUCGGACAUUAAUGGGUACAUCCGAGCUCUGAAAAUGGGAUGCCGUAGCAUUGAACUCGUGGUUUGGGAAGGCCCAGAUAAUGAGCCUUUGAUUUAUGCUGGCAGUUUGAUGACCGUGCAAAUACCCUUUCGGACUAUUAUUGAUGUUAUCAAUCAGUACGCUUUUGUAGCCUCGCAGCACCCAUUGAUUCUGUGCUUGGUGACGCGAUGUUCAGUCAAACAGCAGAAAGUGAUGGCUCAACACAUGAAGAAGAUUCUGGGGGACAGGUUACACGUGGACCCUCCGAACCCCGAGGACAAUUACCUCCCAUCUCCAGACCAACUCAAGGGGAGGAUUCUCCUUAAGGGAAAGAAGUUGCCUGGGAACUGCUCUGAUUCUGAAGCAGAUGUGAGUGAUGAGGAUGAAGGCAUCGAAAUGUGCCAAGGCUUGGCUGAAGACGGCGCUGACCAAUUGAACGCACCCCUGGAAAGAAAGCUGAGGCUUUCAAAAGAGCUCUCUGACCUGGUGAGUUACUGCAAGUCUGUGCAGUUUCGGGACUUUGAUGUUUCCAGGCGAAAUCAGAAAUACUGGGAAAUUUGCUCAUUUAAUGAGGUGGUGGCGAGCAGGAUCGCCAAUGAAUACCCAGAGGACUUUGUGAUAUAUAAUAAAAAGUUCUUGUCCCGGAUAUACCCAAGCUCCAUGAGAAUCGAUGCCAGUAAUAUGAAUCCUCAGGACUUCUGGAAGUGCGGAUGCCAAAUGGUGGCUAUGAACUAUCAGACUCAUGGUCUGAUGAUGGACCUCAACAUUGGCUGGUUUCGACAGAAUGGAAACUGCGGGUAUGUACUCCGUCCUGCCAUCAUGAGGGAAGAGGUGUCCUACUUCAGUGCUAAUGCGAAGGAUUCUUUGCCAGGAGUCUCAGCCCAGUUGCUUCACAUUAAAAUCAUUAGUGGUCAAAACCUGCCCAAGCCCAAAGGCUCUGCAGCCAAGGGAGAUGUUGUGGAACCUUACGUGUAUGUGGAGAUUCACGGGAUUCCAGCUGACUGCUCAGAACAAAGGACUAAGACGGUAACUCAGCACGAUGACAAUCCCAUCUUUGAUGAGAGCUUUGAGUUUCAAAUUAAUCUGCCCGAGCUUGCCCUCUUGCGUUUCGUAGUCCUUGAUGAUGACUACAUUGGCGACGAGUUCAUUGCGCAGUACACCAUCCCCUUUGAAUGCCUGCAGGCAGGAUACAGACAUGUGCCCCUUCAGUCCUUGACAGGAGAGUUUCUCCCACACUCAACCCUAUUUAUACACGUGGCUGUCAGCAAUCGACGAGGUGGGGGGAAGUCGCAGAAAAGGGGGCUCUCUGUCCGCAAGGGCAAAAAAGCGAGAGAAUAUACCUCAACCAAAACCGUGGGGAUCAAAGUCAUCGAUGAGGUGUUUCGAGUAGCUACGCAGCCCUUACGUGAAGCAAUGGACCUUCGCGAAAACGUACAGAACGCCAUGGUCUCAUUUAAGGAGUUGUGUGGUCUGACUCCUGCAGCGAACAUGAAGCAAUGCAUUCUAACUCUGUCGUCAUGGCUACUGAACAGUGACAACACCGUGUCGGUGACACUGAACCUCAGCGAACAAUAUCCUUCCAUGGAGGCCCAGGGUCCAGUUCCAGACCACCUCAGGAAGGUUCUAGCAGCCUACGAGACAAUGAUUCAGACGAGCAAGAUGCUAAUUGAAUCUGCUGAUGCAGUCUACGUGAAGAUAAUGCAGGCUCAAAAGGCUGGUUUGGAUUUCCAUGGAGACCUGCAUGAAACUGGAUCAAAGGAAGGCCUGAAAGGUCGAAAACUCCAGAAGGCAUUUGAGAGCUUUGCAUGGAAUAUCACUGUGUUAAAAGGCCAAGCAGAUCUGCUGAAACACGCAAAGAAUGAAGCACUGGAUAACCUGAGACAGAUCCACUAUGCAGCACAAUCGUGUGGUAUCAGUAAGAGCGGCUCGACAUCUCCAGAUCAGUUACGAUCACGGGGCAACUUGGAGAGCAUCCCUGAGAGUGAAAACACGAGUGACAAUGUAUCAUGCUGACAUCAGCAAGCACAGGAGUAAUAUGUUUUAAAUACACACACACACACACACACACACACACACACACACACACGCACACACACAUACACACACACACACAUACAUGCACAGACACACACACACACAGACACAUACACUCACAAACACAUACAGACAAACACACACACAGACAUGCACACACAUACAAUCACAAACACACACAUAAACACAUACGGACACGCACACACAAACACACGUGCAAACACACACUAAAACAUACACACACACAUAAACUAACACAUACACACCCACACACAGACUAACACACACACACACACACACACACACUCUCUAUUGAGCUGUAGCUCCACUGACAGGUGACUUUGUUGGACAUGAAUUGGAUUUGACAGUUGUCCAAUGAUAUUUCAAUGUAGACAUGGCACUGGUGCUGCUUCCAUUGAUUUUCCUGCCCACACUGUAGGACAACGCCAUCACUGAGAUAAGCUUGGCAGCAUCCGUCUGGUCACAGAGGUCCUCAUCCCAAGGCAAUGUUUUGCUUGAGAAUGCCCCUCAGGAUGGGACUGGAGGCUUGGUGCCCCCACUGGCCGACAGUCCCUCAGCCUGCGAGCGCCCGGAUCCGGACGUGCUUCUGGGGCUCCUUGCUAUUUCUCCACGAGAAGAAGGGGAGUGGGAAUAAAAUUAACAGUUGGAAAAAAUAAUUUAAUUUUUAGCAAAAUAUUUGUUUGCUCUUUGGAAGCUGGAAAAAAAACCCCGUGAUCAGAAACCCAGAACUGGACGGAAAACCAGUCUUAGGCCUGUAUUACAUGAUUGAUGUAUUGUUCUGCUCCAUUAUUAACCUUGCAAGCACACAGCAGUUUAGAAAUUAUAGAACGGGUAGUACAUUUCCUACAUGUGGCUGUGAAUGGGUGGAUACCUAAUGUGGUGAUAACCUCAGGAUGUGACUGGGAAUGUUAUUGAUGGCCAGGUAUUUGUAUUAAAUUCCUCCAACAGUUAUGUCACUUCCAACCUGAGGGUGAAACUCAAGCUACUUUUCAUCACCAGCAAAGCAAUAGAUUCAUUUAGUGUCGUGAAUAGGAAGAAUGCGAGUCCUUUCUGUUUUGAGUUGUCACGUGGCCUCCUAAUUACGCUACACUUCAAAGGAACCUGUCAGAUCCAAAUCACCAUCUCCCUUCUGGUUAUUGUGACUGGCCACUGACAGCACCAUCUCAAUGCCACCACCUAUUGUGUGUCACGUUACGAAGUAGUACAAAAGAAGAUUUAUGUUUCCCAUUCUGAAUUUCUACAUAAAUUGUUUUGAAAACUUGUUUGUUUCUUUCUCUUCAGCUGUUGAUCAGGGAUGAAAGAAAGUUGUUUUACACCUUCUACAGAACUCGUUAGUUUUAAUAUUAAUAACUGUAAAUCCAAUUAAUAAAUCACAAAACUGACAAUAUUGGCACACAUGUUUCUGAAGCGUUCAGCAUCCUCCCAUGUUUUAAAAUAAAAUUGGCCACACAGAU